AUGAGGUUUCGCAGGUCGUUUUUCAGAGAGCCGGACUCGGGCUCGCACUCCCGGCAGUCCAGCACCGACUCCGGCAGCCUCCCGCCGCGCUGCCCGGUGGCGCAUGUCCGCUCGCACUCCUCCCCGGCGUCCCUGCAGCUGCCCGCGGCGCUGGGCGCUCCGAGCCCCGGGAGACACCACUCUCACACCCGGCACCAGUCCUUCGAUGUGGCCGAGGAGCUGCCGCUGCCGCCGUGCUGGGAGAUGGCGUACACCCCCAGCGGACAGAAGUACUUCCUCAAUCACGUUGAGAAGAUCACCACAUGGCACGACCCCAGGAAGACCAUGACACCCUCGGUGGCCCAGAUGGGUCUGCACAAUCAAGCCUCCAACAACGGCAACAUACAGCAGCGCUCCAUGGCUCUCUCUCAACCCAACCUCGUGCUGAGCCAGCAGGCCCAUCAGCAGCACCUCCAGCAGCAGCAGCAGCAGGUCCAGGUCCAGGGCCCCCAGCAGCAGAGCUCUCAGCCCAUGAUGAGCAUGAGCGGCCCCAUGAGCGCCCAGCAGCACCAGCAGAAGAUGAGGCUCCAGCGCAUCCAGAUGGAGCGAGAACGCAUCCAGAGGAGACAGGAGGAGCUCCUGAGACAGGAGGUGGCGCUCCGGCAGCUGCCCAUGGACUCUGAUAAUAUGGCACCUGUGGCACCAAACAUCAGCUCUCCACCAAUGACGCAGGGCAACAUGCCCAACAACAGCUCAGACCCCUUCCUCAACAGUGGGCCGUAUCACUCGCGGGAGCAGAGCACAGACAGCGGGCUGGGACUGGGCUGCUACAGCAUCCCCACCACUCCCGAGGACUUCCUCAACAGCAUGGAGGAGAUGGACACAGGUGAGAGCAUGGUGCAGGUCAGUAUGAGCGUCCCGCCGCAGAGCCGUUUCCCAGACUUCCUGGACUCCAUGCCUGGCACCAACGUGGACCUGGGCACCCUGGAGGGGGCCGACCUCAUGCCCAUCCUCAACGACGUGGAGUCGGUCCUGAACAAGAGCGAGCCCUUCCUGACCUGGCUCUAGACUCACUCACACCACACUAAAGACUUUUUUAUAUAAAUACAUAUAUAUUAUAUUAUAUAUUCAGUCAGCUCUAGUUUCACUUUUUAGGUGUCAGAUUCGUUCCCUCACUUCACCACGAGUCGAAGAACAAUACCAAAGUGUUUAGCCUGCGAACAAAUAAGCGAGCACGCGUCAAUCAAAGUGUAGUGGAGGAAGACAAGCGUGUUUGUUUAGUAGAUUUGAUUCUGACUGUGUUUGUGUUCAGGAUGAUCACAUUGAUAGCGGAAACGCCUGAGUAGUGUCUGAUCAAGUUUAACAGGCACGCUUGUGUGUUUAACCCGGAGUUAGGGUUAGUCGAGCUUUACCGGGUGAGUCUCACCGAGCCUGUCAACAACGCAUGCAAGCUUAUUUCCGCCAAGGAAUAAAAUUAUCAAAAGGUAAUUGCGACUUUAUUCACAAUUUUGACUUUUUCUUGCAAUUGGGAAUUUAUGUCUCACAAUUCUGCAUGUAGUCAGGUGUCUGAAAAUGUAACUGAGAAUUCAGAGAAAAAAGUUCGAAUUACGAGAUUUAAACACCCAAUUGUAAUUU